AUGCUGCUGUGUCGCAUUGUGCUGGCGCUGCUGAUGCUGGUGCUGCUGCACUACUGCCAGGCGGAGGAGCUGCCACAGGUCUCCCUGGCGGAGUCCCUGGCCAGAUCUGCGGGAUCGGCGGUGUCCAGCCUUCUCCAGAGCGACCCCUUCAUCGCGCGCAACCAGCGGCAGUGCUUCGAGACCCGCAGCCUGGUGGCCUGCAUCAAGUACAAGGCCAGCAAGCUCGUCUGGAAGCUGGCCACCAACAGCCUGGGCUUCUUCCCCAGCGAGUACGGACGCGACCUGGCCGCGGACAAGGGCCGCUGGCUGAGAUUGGUCCAGCUGGGAGAACCCGCCGACGAGGUGGUCGUGUUCAACGACGCCAAGAGCUUGGAAGGUGACAGCGAGCUGACGCUGGUUCUCAAGUUCCUGAAGAGGGCGGUGGAGACCUUUGGGCGCAACCAUGGACUGCAGCUGAGGCUGAAUGGCGAGAGCGGGGCGCGGGUCCUGGAGGAAUCUGAGGCCCGAUUGGGUCGCAAGAAGAAGAAGUGGCUCGUCAUCCUGCCACUCAUCAUCCUGCUGAAGAUCGCCCACCUGAAGAUGGCCCUGGUGAGCAUGCUGACGGUCGUGCUGGGCAUGAACGUGCUGCUGGUGGGCGGCGUGGGCUGGCUGAUCCACUACCUCAAGUACAAGACCAUGUGCAAGAUCCACCCGCACCUGGUGCAAACGCACUCGCACGUGUACGAGUCGGAGCCCUCGGACUACUCCCAGUUCGUGGGCAGCAGCAGCUACAAUCCCUACAGCUCCGGGUCCGGGGCUAACCACGAGCUGGGGGCCAACAGCUUCAGCAAGGACUGGGCCACGAGUAAGGCCUACCACGGCCACAACCACCUGGACACGAUCAGCAAGCGACUGCAGUAG